UGGCACGAAAAAUGGAGCCUCGCUGCACCUACAUGUUACCGAAGCCUCUCCGAGUGUACGAGCAAUGCAGUUGGCGUCAACACGCCAACGAACGAAGGUUUUGAGGGGAUCUCAGGGUUGUCGCAAAACCUGCAGCAACUACCCUUGGACGUUGGUAUUAUCACAGCGCAACAGCAACAAACAAGCGCCAUGGACGACCACAGCGCUUCCGAUCCUACACCAUCGUCGACAUCGACUACCUGUAGUUCCGGCGAAGAGGUGCUAUCCUUCUCGGAGAACGAAGCAUCGUUUGACUCUUGCAUGGAAGUCUCCUUUGAUGUGAUGGAACUUCCACACGACAGCGAAGCGGCGGCACUUGCUCUCGCUCCCUCAGUUAAUAAGAGGCAUGUCAUCAUGGACGAAGAGCACAACAAUGGAUCCAUUGUCUUUACGGUAACAUCGUUCCCCACCAACUCGACUGUUUCCGCGUCGACUAUGACCCCAUCCCCUCCCAAGGUUGUGGAAAUUCGCCGCCGUCGCCGCCAUUAUGCAACCAAGACGGAACGUCAAUCAUCAUUGCACUCGAGCCCGUAUGCGCAGCUUUGUUGGGAUCCCAACCAAAAGGGUUUGGUGACCAUGUUGGAAAUUGAUAUUAUCAAUGGUCGCCGAAAGAGCCAUUCGCGUCUUCCCUUGGAUGCCCCGUCCCCCGAAGACUUUUUUCCGUGGCUUCAUCCCCAAGAUGGUCUUUCGCCCUCUUGGACGUCCACGGGGCACCACAGCAAGAGCACGAUUAGUAGCCUUUCGGGAGACCACCACACGGCGGAAGGCAAGGAGAAUGGCAGCGACGAAGAUGAUGAAGAGGAGGAGGACGGUUGUGAACCGAUUAUCUUGUCUGGUUGGAUGAUGGAUCCCGAUGCCAUGAGUGAUGAAGAGUCGGAUAUCUACUGGUUGUUGAACGAUGGCAAGGAUGUCUGGGUGAAGAUUGACGACGGUUGUGCCAAAGCUCUUCGAAAGUUCUGGAAGUCGUAUGCGCAGUGGAAGUUGAAGAGAUCUACCCCACAGCAGCCCGGGUCGCCUGAUGCGCGAGAAGAGAAGCGUCUUCGCUAUUCCAUGUUGCGUUAGUUAUUAUAGGAUUGGCGGGCACACACACACUCACCGAACGAACAAUGGAAUGAAUGAAUGAAUGCUUGUCGUGCCGAUAUCUACUACGUAUUCCAAAAAGGGAGGUGCACUCGGUCCAGCUAUCUUGGGAAUCUCCAGCCUUGGAACAUGUUUGCUCCUCCAUUACCUGGUACCGCUGAUAAUGACAUAAUAGUUACCGUAGCAGCAGGUUGACAAGAGUGAGCG